AUGCGUGGUUCCUCCAAGGCAGCAAGCGGCGCAAGCAGAUGUCGCAAUAGUCUGGACAGAGCGGCUUGUUCUCUCGACAACGACCGAACAGCGUCGGUGUCUCGCACACAUACUAUCCUACUUCAAGAUUUGGAUCUGGAGACGAAAUUCGUGCAAGCGUUAUUCGAUUUCAAUCCUCAAGAGGAAGGUGAACUCCCGUUCAAACGCGGCGAGAUUAUUACUCUGAUCAACAAGGACGACAUGAAUUGGUGGGAAGGAUCGCUGAACAACAAACGGGGAGUUUUUCCCGCCAACUACGUGUGUCCGUUCAACCGCUCUCCCUCUAAUACAUGA